CUAGAGGCAUGGGAGGAUGUCAUGCACUGAGCGGACCUACUGCUGCUGCCACACCAACGAGGAAGAAGCAUAGCAGGAAUCCACAACAGCCACAGAGCUGGACCUGAAUGGAGGAGGUGAGCGAGGGGACUAGGAGGGGAAGGUGAAAACACCGACCGAGGACCACAGGAAACAGACUACAUGCUGGGAUAAAACCACGAAGGACAGAACAUUUGUGCUUCCCGCCUGGUACAAUGUGUGGCAUCGCAACCUGUGGAGUUGGGGUGCUGUGAUGGUAACCAUGGUCACCGAUGGUCGCUACGUCUGCAGUGCUCAUGCAAGAGAGGAGGAGCCCGCCAACGAACGCGAAGAGAGAAUCCUAGCGGUGCUGGGCAUCAUUGGCACCAUCCUCAACCUGCUGGUGGUCAUCUUCGUCUACAUCUACACCACCGUCACCUGACCUUAAGUCACCAGGACUCCGUUAUUUAAGCAACAGAACGGUCCUGCACACUGACACUCACUUGUGUUGCACCAACUUGUUUUGUUAACAAUGAACUCCUUGGCUGCGUCACGGUUCAUCUUCCAUUAGGACUGCCUGCGUCUUCAAUUAUUUAGAUACAAAAGCGUAUAUUAAAUAUUAAGGCACUAAGAGCCGAGUCUGCAUGUAAAGAUCACCGGGGAGUGUGUUUAUACAGCGCCAAAACACACCUGCACCGGAGAUGACCCUGCUAUCAUCGAGAUGUUUUGACCAAAAACGUGUUUCGUUUUAACCUUACAGGAGCUAUUUAUAGUCAUUUCUAACAGCAGAAUGAACCACUUUUUAACAACAUUCACAUAACAUAAAAAUAAUUUUGACCUCGAUUUCAACUACCAAUGACCAAAGAGUUGGGCUUGUUAUGCAUCUUGCAUCUAAAGUAACACUUAUCACACUCAUCGACAAGAUAGCUGUUGUAAUUUAAUUUUUUACACAUAUAAAUAUCUGUAUAAUACUAAUACCUAAACAAAUUCUGAAGCUCAACCUACAGACUAUAUCUAAUAGUGGCCAGUUUUCCUGGAGUCCCUUUAAAGGCCUCACAUGGACCUGGCCACCCCGUACAACAGUUCACCAGAGGAGCGCUUCUUGGCUCAGCUUGGACUCCUCGGCAUCGUACUCAACCUCUUACUGCUGCUUGUCAUCUACAUAUACACCUCCAUCUGACGACGCUCUUCUUCCUGCCUAUAAUAUCAUGCAGUGGGAGAAGAGCUUUGUUAAAGUCCACAGAGUUGAAAUAACAGUACUGGGGAACUGAUGUGACAGUUGCGAGGACAUGGUAAUCAAAAGACACAACCAUGACAUAAGUGGAGAAGUCAAAGCUGCAACAUCAGUUGAAGAACUGGCACUUGGAGAUGCUCUGCUAGAACAGUCUCUAGAACCAUAGACACUGCAUCCACACUUUAAACCAGAGGGAUAAUAUCCCUGAUCAAUGAUAUGCUGUGAAUGUAUUUGAAUUACAUUUACAUUGUGGAAGGCGUGGGUAGAUGAUAAACAAGGAGGGGAUCCAUGUCAAAUGAGCUAAAUGGUCGCCUUGGAGUCUCAUUUAGCAUUUGCAACUUUUACACAAUGACCAUGUUUCGGUCUGGACUAUAGCCUGGAAUUAGUGAUGAUUGAACAUGGCUUCUGCCCCGACUUUGGUCUGCUGAACAAGUGUGGCUCAUCCAGGGAAAGGACAGAUUGGAUUUCUUUGGAAUGGCCAGGGUUCACAACCUGUCUCGGACUCGAUAUCUGCGGCAUGGCUCACAAGGUAAAACAUUUGCCCGUAUUCGAUAGGAAUACAACUGGACUGUCACACCUUGAUGAAUAUUGUCUUAAGAGUCAAAUACGCCACCAGUCACAGAAAGCACAAUGACAUUUAUUCAAGAAGCUAUAUAUAUGUACAUAUAUAUAAACAUAUGUAUAUAUUAUUUGCUUGAAUAUAUUGUUGGAUUUUCUGAACUAAAGUAGAACCACCUAUGAUUGCUUCUCAUUUCUUCUUAUUCAAAUGUGUUUGGGUAAAGGUUUUUUUGUGUUUGACACAAGUUUUUGUCUAUGGAUCAAAUAUGUGGAGGUUUAAGCAGAUCUUAAGCUAGGUUAUACAAGGUUUGUAGUCAAGAGUAUAUUUUUCUAUGCUAAGGGACAACACAUCAUUACAUAUUGUGCAAUACACCAUAUUACUUUUGUAUAUCAAAAGUGCUGCAUAUACUAAAUCCAAUUAUAACUCCUGACUUAGCCAUCUCCAGCACAGAAACAUGCACACAAACAUGAACAAGCACACACACAAAAAAUAACUGACUAAUCAAUUACUGGUAAUGUUAAAUCAUAGCUCAGGAUCAAAUACAAAGGUCCACAAUUAUUUCUAACCCUAUGUUAAUAUCUCUCACAAUAAUGCAUAGAAUCGCCCAUAAAGAUGAAUUACUUGUGUUCAAUUAAAACAAGCCUACUUCAAUACAAUACUUACAGACACAAAACAUGAAGCAGAAAGAGUUUAGUACCAAAUGUUAAAUAGUUUAGAUUAUAGUUCACAUUUUGUAAUAGACAGAUUGUUUGAAGAUGCUGGAAAUCUUGCACGUAAACUCACAUUGACCUUAUGAACCCAUCUUGAUCUGGGGAGCUCCCAGCAGAUAACAUUCUGUCCACAGUGUCCAAUUCAGCACUGUCUGUUUUCUGCAUCAAAAACCCACACUGUAGCUCAGCCAA